AUGACCCACUCGUGCUGCUCCCCUUGCUGCCAGCCUACAUGCUGCAGGACCACCUGCUGCCAGCCCACAUGCUGUGGGUCCAGCUGCUGCCAGCCUUGCUGUUGUGGGUCGAGCUGCUGCCAGCCUUGCUGCUGCUCAACUUGCCGUCAUACCACCUGCUGCAGGACCAGCUGCUGCAGGACCACCUGCUGCCAGCCCAGCUGCUGUGGGUCCAGCGGCUGUGCACAAAACUGCUGUGGGUCUAGCAGCUGUGGGUCCAGCUGCUGCCAGCCUUCCUGCUGUUUCCCCUCCUGCUGCCAGCCUACGUGCUGCAGGACCACCUGCUGCCGGACCACAUGCUGCCAGCCAACAUGUGUGACUUCCUGCUGCCAGACCACAUGCUGUGGGUCCAGCGGCUGUGGACAAAUUUGCAGUGGGUCUACCUGCUGCCAGUCAUGCUACCACCCAGCUUGCUACCACACCACCUGCUGUAGAACCACCUGCUGCCACCCUUGCUGUGUGUCCAGCUGCUGCCAUCCUUCUUGCUGUCAAACCACCUGCUGCCAGCCCAGCUGUGGGCCCAACAGCUGUGGACAAACCUGUAGUGGGUAGAGCUACUGUGGGUCCAGCAACUGCCAGUCUUGCUGCGGCCCAAUUUUCUAUCAAACCACCUGCUGGAGGACCACCUGCUGUCAGCCCCAUGGCUGUGGGUCCAACUGUUGCCAGCCCAGCUGCUGCCAGCCCUGCUGCUGCCCAACCCAUUGCCACACUACCUGCUGUAGGACCACCUGCUUCCACACUUGCUGUGUGUCCAGCUGCUGCCAGCCUUUCUACUGUUGAUCCACAUACUAAAUCAUUGUGUGACAGAGACCAAAGUUCUCUCAAUCAUCAGUUCUCCAAUUACUGUCCCAAAGUCUACUACCAGGCUUCAUUGGCAUCCAGCAUGCUGCCACCACCUUUAUUAGUCAUACUCGUGAUUAAAAGGCUCUGCUAGUAUGCACGUUGCUGCAAAGAACUUCAGUCUUAUAGCCUUCGUCUUUAUUUGCUGUUUAUCUCUGAUAGCUGUAGGCAUUCUUUCUCCUUGACCUACAGUCAUUGUGGCAGCCUUGCAAAAU